AUGGCGGCGAGCGAGGCCAUGCUCGACGAGACACACGUGUCCUUGAGUCGGGUUUCUAGCGAUGAUAAUUCCUAUACCUUCGGCCGUAUCGGGGCUCACAAUAUUGCCAUGGCAUGUUUGCCCGCUGGAGGCACCGGGAAAACUUCCGCUGCGAGGGUAGCGAGCAACAUGCAACGGACGUUUACCAACUUGCGGCUUGGCCUAAUGGUGGGCAUUGGAGGAGCGGCACCUAGCCAAGCGAGAGACAUCCGCCUAGGUGAUGUUGUGAUCAGUCAUCCAAAUGCAACGUCUGGAGGAGUCAUCCAGUAUGAUUUUGGAAAGUCUGUUCAAGGGGGCCGAUUUGUACAGACGGGGACAUUGAACAAACCGCCGAGGGUAUUGAUGACAGCUGUGUCACAGUUGCAAGCAAAAUAUCAAAGAGAAGGAUCUGGACUGUCGCGCAGCUUAUUGCAAAUGACUGCAAGAUACCCCAAUAUGACGGCCUUUUACUCCCACCCUGGCGUUGACAGUGACAUUCUUUAUGAAGCUCUCUACGACCACCCCGAAGGUAAUACAACUUGUUUGGAGUGUGAUCCCAGCAGGAUAGUACAGCGACCAAACCGUCCCUCAGAAGAUCCAGUCAUUCAUCUUGGUCUAAUUGCAUCUGGGGAUCGGGUCAUGCGGGACGGUGCUACAAGGGAUCGGUUGCAACGUGAGAAGCAGGUGGAUUGUUUCGAGAUGGAGGCUGCCGGCUUGAUGGACGACUUUCCUUGCCUCGUCAUACGUGGUAUCUGUGACUAUUCUGAUUCACACAAGAACAAAGCGUGGCAGCCAUACGCAGCAUCAACCGCAGCAGCAUAUGCUAAAGACCUACUUCAUACCCUCGAAACUAGUAAACACGAUGACGCGAGCUCUGAUGUUGACCUGGACCGAGAAGACAAGGCUACUGCUCAAGCUUGCCUAGGCGAUCUCUUCCAGACCGACCCAGUUGUUGACAGAGACACACUGAAACGCAAAAAAGGUGGCCGCGCGAAUGGAACCUGCGAGUGGAUUCUGGACUCGGAUGAAAUUGUUGGAUGGCUUGAUCCCGAACAAAGAGGGGGCGCGGUAACCGAAAUGUCUAAUGUCCUUUGGCUCCACGGACAUCCAGGGACAGGAAAAUCUACAGUAGCCAUCUUCUUAACCGAGCAGCUUUCCAUCGAAUUUUCUUCAACCGAUUCGAAGACCUUGGGAUAUUUUUUCUGCGACUCAGGCUUUGACACGAGAAAGACAGCUACAUCAGUUAUCAGAGGCUUGCUCUGGCAACUCCUGAAGAAGUAUCCUCGACUCAUUCACGAAUAUGUGCUUCCCAAGUAUACGCAAUCCAAUAAAGAAAACAGAGGAAAGCUUUUUGACUCUUUUGACGUUAUGUGGCCUAUGUUCAUAGCCGCUGCGGCAGACAAUGAAACAGGCCAAAAGUACUUUAUCAUUGACGCAUUGGAUGAGUGUGACGAAGAAUCUCAAGCUACUUUGCUACGGCAAUUUGAUCAAACAUUUUCCUGCCACAACAACAUUGAAAAUGUGCAUAUUUUGAUUACCAGCCGACCAUAUCCGGAAAUUGGCGAGUACUUGGAACGGUUCACAAACAAGGACCUGGGCUCAUUUCCACAGCGACAGCAAGAUAUUGAGCGAUUCAUUAAGGAAACUGUCGCAGAGCUCUCUAGAAGAAAAAGUUACACACCCAAAGUCAGGGAACAAGUCAGCAGCAUCCUCAAACUCAAGGCCGAAGGUACCUUCCUCUGGGUCGGUCUGGCUUGCAAGGAGCUAGAACAGGUUCUUUCAAGACACGCCAUUCGAGUGUUGCAGCAGCUGCCCAAAGGCCUUUACCCCCUUUACCAAGAGCUCUUGAACAAGGCGCGUGGAGAAAAUGACGUAAACUCAGAUACUGUGCAAUGCAUCAUGAGCUGUGUUGCAGUAGCCCUCCGGCCAUUGACGGUGGGGGAGUUGUCUGAUGCUUGCCAUCUCCAUUUGGAAGAAGAAGACGUCGAAACGCGACUACAGUACACGCAAGACGAUAUUGCGUCCUGUCGGCUCAUGGUAAUUGUUCAGGAUCAAGAGGUACUGCUUUUACAUCAAUCUGUGAAGGACUAUUUAAUAGGCGGUGGUUCCCAUUUCUUCGUCAAGGAGCUCGAUGCACAUGCCCGCCUAGCCUACCGCUGCGUCGAUAUUGCCUCCAGGAGCUUGCGAGAUGACCGACGAGUGCUGGGAAACUUUAGAGAGUAUUCGAUGAAGAAUUGGCCAAACCACGCUCGCAUGGCGCGGUCAAGUUUUGACAUUAAGCAUUCGCGGGCCGAAUUCUUCAGCGCAACCUCUGAGAGCCGCGAGCGGUGGCUGGAGUAUCUAAGAUCGGAAAAUUGGACCAAUAAUCACAGUGUUGCUUACCGGUUUUCUCUACUACAUGUCGCCGGAAGAUGGGGGAUAAGCUGCCUGGUGAAUCAUUUUUUUGCGUUGCAUGGCCGGAGUGACUUCGAUCGCGAACCCGAUUGCAUUGACGCCGCUGGCCAGACGCCACUUCAAUGGGCUGUUCGGUCGGGCUAUGUGGACGUGAUUACAGUUCUGCUCAGUCGUGGAGCCAAAUUGACACCGGGGGUGUUAGCACUCGCAGUUUCAAAUCAGGAAAAGGGCCCAGAGAUUAUGGCAAGCCUUGUUGGCCAAAUGACAGAGAAGGUGGCCAUUACCAAAGAAGUGGUGGAGGCUGUAGCUGGAAACACUCGAAGUGGAAGAGAGACAAUGUCAGAGCUUUUUAAAAGACGCACAGAGUUUAUCACUAUCACUGAAGAGACAGUAUCGAGCGUUGCUAAAUGGCUUGAUGGUGAGGUAAUGGUAAUGGUUCUGGACCAAAACAAAGAGAACACACUCAUUACAGGAGAAGUGGUGAAAGCUGCAAGGAGCAAUGAAACCUCUGGCAAGAAUGUAAUGUCCACUCUGCUCAAGUCUCACAGGAGAAAAGCCGUCAUCACCGAGGAGACGAUUUUAAGUGUCGCCAGAAGCUUUGAUAAGGAAAUUAUGAGAACACUUAUGGACCAAUUGGGCAGAGAGAUGGUCAUAUCCGAGGAGAUCUUUGUAGCUGCUGCGGAGAAUUGUUGGUAUGGAAGGGAGGUGAUGGCGUUACUUCUGGAGCAAGCCGACCACCUGGUUGUUACAGAGGACAUUGUGCAAGCGGCAGCUGGGAAUUAUUGGAGUGGGAGGGAAGUCUUGAUUCUGCUUCUUGAUAGCCCAGCAGACUGGCACAACACUAAGAUGCGCACUCUAGCGAAAUCCUUUGGUAGGGAAGUGAUGCCGUUGCUUCUCGAGCGUCGAGGGGAUCACACCACCACUAAUGAAACUGCGACCAGCAUGACAUCUGAAAACUAUUGGGGCAGAAUGCUUGCCUCAAUGUUACCCAUGAUCCCGCUAAUGGAAGAGAAUGGAACCAGAUCUACGGCAGGGAAUCAGAGUCUGGAUCAACAAGAUCAUCCCGCCAAAUUAGAAAUUGAUACCUGCACCUGGUCUCUCAAUGAUGGUCCUUCAAUCACCCCCGAUGCGUCGAAGAAUGGGCCCCAUCAAACCUCCUUGAGCAUCUCGAAACCUCAGAUUAAUGGUCAAGACACCACGACGUGUGUCGGCCUAUCGCACAUUUACCCACCGGUCAUGCAUGACAAGGAGGACAAUGCCGGUCCAAAGCGCCGCCGAUUGACUCCACGGCUCUGCGACUCUGUUCAAACCGCCCAUGUCAGAGGUCUGCCCAUCAUGCAGAAAGGCUUUUCCGGAUCACCCUCAUCUACAUAUGAUCUGCAGGAGAAAGCCUUUUUCUAUGUUAAAACCAUUAUCCUUUCAAGAAUUUUCGUCGAUAAAGGACGCGGAAAUCCAAACAUGCGCAUCCUCUUACCACCUUCAACAAUGCGGUAG